AUGAGUCCUCGUGCCGUGUUUCUCGGAGUAAUUGCCAUCCUCGCUACGUCCCAUGGCAAUGCUGAAUGGGCUGAUGCUAAUCCAUUUAAACAGCCUACACCAACGACGGAUUCUCAAAAAUCUGCCAUCAAGUAUCAACCGCGACUUUACGUAGUGAGCGAUUGUUAUCCAUAUCCUGCAGUGCAGGCGAAUGGAUCACUAAGUUACGGACUUCCCUGGGAAGUCUUCGCACCAACUAAAUGUAAUGGAUCUCCCUACGGUUCCCAGAUAUACUCGCGAUCCGAUUGGUACCGAGGCAUGUGGGCCAUCAUGUACGCGUGGUACCUUCCGAGAGCUCUGGACCAUUCUUCCUGGUUGGUUGACGGCCAUCGUCAUUUUUGGACCUUUGUCGUUGUCUGGACAAACAGCCCGGAUCCUAAUGUCUCGACUAUUCUCGCUGCAUCAACGUCUGGCACCGACAACAGAAUCAAAAAAUACUUACCAGUAAAGUCCAAGUAUCUUCUUGACAGGAGGACUUUGAAGGUCAAGUUAUACCAAAAUUAUUGGUUGGAUAAGACUGGACUCAAGCUUACUGAUAAAGUCGGUGAUCUGCAGCCUCUCAUUACUUGGGAGCAGCUUACAGAUGAGGCUCGAGCAGCGCUAUCCUCUUUUCAUUACCCUGAUUGGCGUAUGGAGACUCCAAUUCAAGACAAGUGGUUUCGUUAUAUGCUGAGUAGUGCUUAUCCAUUCUAG